AGUGACCCCAACUCUUUUUCUCGUCCUUAUCACCGUCACUAGACCCCCAAGUCUAAAGUAGAUUAUACUGAACGGACUAACUUUGAAUUUUUGUUUUGUUUUUUUCUUUUUUUUUCUUUUUUGCUAUCACCCCAAACAGACGACGACGUCCGGCGAUCCACUUUCCAUUCCUACAUACACCCACCGCUCCAGGUUGCAGCGUGGCGAUUGCCUACGUGAAGCGGGUCUAAUCCAUUAUCCACCUCCCAGUACCUGAGUUGAUAUACCCUUACGAGUUGCUAGGGUCUAAUACGGCUUGACUACCUAUACCCACUAGUGUCAUCUUCCUGGUCUAUUUUUCUUUUCUUUUCUUUUCUUUUUUUUUAUCAAUCAGUAUCGAACAGGCCGCAUCGACCAACAUUUCGCCCUUUGCCGAUUCAAAGUUUCAACGAUAUCAAUUGACAAGAUAUUUUGUCUUCACUACCCUAGCCUAUAGCUGCAGGGUACUAGUUCUCAACCGAUAUCAAUCAGAAUCGGUGACGAUCAGUCUCCUACACUUUGCACGAUAUUCUGUGGUUAAGGCUACUGGUCACAUACUGGAAUUGCUAACGGAACGGAUUGGGUAAAGAUGUCGAUCAACUGGGUGAUGCUACAUGAGCAUGAAGGCUUUGUCCGUCUUCCUCAUGAGCAUUUGAUAUAUACGUCCCCACCGCGCACUUGCCUUUCUCUAAAACCACUCGACUCAUAUAAAGGCAAGGAUGCCAUAUCAUUGCAAAGUGAUUCAGGCCGAAUUUAUCUUACGAAUCAUCGGGUCGUAUAUAUACCUGCUAAGAAGUCCAAUGACUUCCAAUCAUUCUCUGCACCUCUUCUUCACAUGCAUGAUACUCAUGUAUCAGCCCCCCUUUUUGGUGCAAAUGUGUGGCAGUCUCUUGUCCAGCCGGUACCUGGUGGAGGGAUACCCUCGUCAUUGCCCGCAUUACUGUUGAAGGUGACUUUCAAGGAGGGAGGCGCGUUCGACUAUCAUAACAAAUUCGAAGAGAUCAAAGAACGCCUACGAGUGGCUCUUGAGAAUACUCGGCAAAGUAGCCGAGGUGUUGGGAAUGUUGAUAUGUCUACUGUUCAUCUGGACCAAUUGCCCGCUUACUCCGGCCCAGUACAUGAUUCGACUGGCGCUAACCAUGACAAUCAGCAUUCUCCAUUAAGCUCUCAGGACAGACGUGCUACUUCAGAAUCGUCUCCAAUGGGACCGCCGCCAGGCUACGAAGAAGUUCAGCAGCAGAGUGUCGCUGAUGAGCUCGAAGAAAGGUUACGUCGUGCUAGCUGAGAAAUAUAUUAAUCCCUGGGCCUAAAUAGACGCAUUUUUGCUUCGAUAUAUCUCAUCCUUCCUUUCUCUUUCAAUGAAUCAUAAUGACUAUCGACAACCCGUUCUUGUACAGUACACCUGAUUGCUAAAGGCCCAAUCUGGUACCUAGUGUGUUCAAACACCAUUGACUUUUCUGUUUUUUCUUUUCUUUUCUUUUUCCUGACCAGGAUCGGAGAGCCUAUUCUUAAGACAUAUAUUAGCGAAUAUACAAUUUUAGUCAUUUGUA